GAAAACAGCAGUCAGAAUUUCAUUUCUGCUAAAAAUAGAAUGAACCAUAAAUCACGGGUGUCUUUGGCAGAUUUUCACAUUUGGAAACACAAAUGCGCAACAGAGGCUAAGUCUUCUUUACACGAAGCCAAAUAUGUUCAGCAGUAGAGGUCUGUUCUUCAAAUCGACUUAUCACGGAUAAAUGAGAAUGGACGGCAGCAGGACUUUGAUUAAGGAGCUGCAGCAGCUGCUGCACUAUUUUUCCACAUCAACAUACAGAGCAAGCGAAACCAACCCCGUCGCUACGGAGGCGAUGAACAAAUGCAUUCAUUUGGUGUCCCUGGACUAUGAGUGCUCGUAUAUUGAUAAUUCGACUGGCGAGUUGAGCAGCCGCUACCCAAGUCACCUGAUCGUUCUCGAGAGUGAGAAGCAUGCAUCAAGUUCCGAGCAGCCAUCUACUAUUUACGAAGGCACUCUCGACGCUGCCAAAAUGAAAGAUGCCAUUUCGAAAGCCCGCAUUGCCAGGUGCAGGUCCAGAUUUCCGGUGCCUGUUAUUCUCUACCGCGGCAAACACAUCUGCAGGUCGUCUACUCUAUCUGGUGGGCCUGAGCUGUACGGACGCUGUGGAUUCAACUUCUUCUUUUCUUCUUCCGGCAAUAAUUCGCCUUCGCCACCAAGCACCGUUGAACACGAAGACGAUUUGGAGGAGGAAGCGGACAUCGAUGCCUUAAAGCCCGGAGAGUGGCCGUUGUUUGAUAAAGUGCGCAACAAAGACAUUAAACUGCUGAAAAUGCUCAAUAUUGGGACCAUCAUCGACUUCAUGGUGGAGAAGAAAAAGAUCAAAUUUGGUGUUUAUGUUACCUCUUCGGAAAAGGUGGACAAAGAAAACAGAUACAACGACUUCAAAAUUUUGUCUCUUCCCUAUCCUGGUUGUGAAUUUUUCAAAGAGUUUCGAGACAAUACGCACUGCAGCGAUGGCCUCUUGUACAACUGGAGCGAUCCUCAGGUGGACACUGGGCUCGACAUUCCUGAAGACGACUUUUUGUCACAACUGAAACUAGACUGGAGCGAAUAUCAGAAAUGGGACUUGACUGAGCUGACGAAGAACUACAUGCUGUUGAUCCUGUCGUACGUGCACGAGUCGAACGACGGGCUUUUGCUGCACUGCAUCAGUGGUUGGGACCGGACGCCACUGUUCAUCAGCCUGUUGCGGCUGUCGUUGUGGGCCGACAACUUGGCGCACCAGUCGCUGUCGGCGGCGGACAUUCUCUACCUCACCUUGGCCUACGACUGGAUGCUCUUUGGCCACCACCUUUCUGACAGACUGAGCAGAGGCGAGGAGAUACUCUUUUUCUGCUUCCACUUCCUCACUCACCUCUCCGAAAAUGAAUUUAGUCUCCUCAGGCCAAGGAAGCGGUCUCCAAUGGUCAGCACUUCCGCCAGGCACGAGUCCGAGUCGUCCUCGUUUGCCGAUUUUGAUGAUCUUGAGGAGAAGAUCCUUUACACCCAGGAAAGUUCGGUUUCAAGCAGUCUAAGCUCAAGCAGAAGCGAAGAGCAACCGGUUGUGUACAGUAAUCUACCAGCAUAUAUGGAGCAAUCUCAAUAUGGGGCGAGCUCAGCGAGUGAAUGUACGUGGGAGCCAUCUGUUAUGCCAACAGAAUCAAAACCCGCAGAGUCUGAAGUAGUGAGCACAUGUGAUCAUCUGUCGUCUAGUCCAAUCCAGAUUUCAAGCCCACGGCCUGUCGAAUCACAUUCCAGUCCUGUGGCAGUUCCAAGGGCUAGGAUCAGGAGUCGGCACGACUCAAACGGCUCCGUGGCUGGAAGUUGGCAGAUCAUCACAGACCAUGGCAGUUUUCGCACAGGAUACACCUCAUGCGGAAUGGCUGAUUCAGUUGUCUUUGCCAGGAAUAGCAGCAUGAUGACGAUUAAAGCUGCGGAGGACAUGGCUAACUCAAGCAUCACAGUGAUCGAAAAUGAAAAUUGCGCAACGGACCCGAUCCUAGGAGAAUACCCCCACACGAGGAAAGAGAAACUGAAAGCGGUGCAGAGCCUGUUUUUCAACAUCUACCACUCGAUGACGCCGGUGCCUGCGGAGAGAAUCAGCCUGACAUCUAUUUUCGGGAACUUUGCCGAAAGAGUCGGCAUUUUCCAGACUGCGCAUUCUUGAUCGUGAUUUGGAGUGAGACUUCGCAUCAAAGAAGACUGCAAACUAGUUUUCUCCCAAUUUUACGUACCUUUCCGUAACGCGUUCUCUUUUCCAUUGUUGCCUCUUUGAGUCAUUUUCAAUUUUCAUACAUGUACGACCGUAAGAGAGAAGAUAACGUUUUUUAAUUUUAUAUUAACACCGAUUGUAUUGCGUAAACUCGUAUUUUCAUCUGCUGCUGCCAUUUUUGCAGAUUAAUGUCAAACAAGGAAUAAAAGCGGCUCUGUUAAACAUUUAAAAAAGGAAAAUCUUAAUUGUUACCAGCUGCUGCUCUUAGGAUGUU